AUGUUUAUUGGAUUCUCUUUCUUCUUCUUUGAGAACAGGAAAGCAAAAAGACAAAUGGUUUUUCGUUUGUCUUUUUCUUCUCUUUCUCGCCUCUCUCUUUUCUUUCAUUCUUCUCUCUCUCUCUCUCUCUUCUCGUUUUUCUUCCUUUCUCUCUCUUUCCCUCUCUCUCGCCUCACUAUUUUCUUGCAUUCUCCUUCAUUUUCUCUUCCCCUCUCUCUUUCUCUCUCUUUUUUGUUUCCUAUUAUUUCCUUUCUUUUUCUCAUUCUCUUUAUUUAUGCUAUUCUCUGUUUUUAUCUUUCCUUCUUUCUUUUUCUCAUUCUUUCUUUUUCUCAUUCUUUCUUUUUUUUCAUUCUUUUUUCUUUUUUUGCUUCUCUGUUUUUAUCUUUUUUUCUUUCUUUCUUUCUUUUGCUACUCUGUUUUUAUCUUUCUUUCUUUUUUCUUUUUUCUUUUUGCUACUCUCUUUUUUAUCUGUUUUUCUUUCUUUCUUUUCUUUUUGCUACUCUUUUUUUUAUCUUUUUUCUUUCUUUCUUUCUUUCUUUUUUUUGCUACUUUUUUUUUCUUUCUUUCUUUUUCAUGUUUUUUUUUCUUUUCUCUUUCUUUUUGUCAUUUUUUCUUUCUUUUUUUUCUUUCUUUUUUUUUUUUUUUUUUCUUUUUUGCUACUCUCUUUUUUUAUCUUUCUUUCUUUCUUUUCUUUCUUUUGCUACUUGUUUUUAUCUUUUUUUUUCUUUCUUUCUUUUCUUUCUUUUUUGCUACUCUGUUUUUAUCUUUCUUUCUUUCUUUCUUUUUGCUACUCUGUUUUUAUCUUUUCUUUCUUUCUUUUUUGCUACUCUGUUUUAUCUUUCUUUCUUUCUUUCUUUCUUUUUUUGCUACUCUGUUUUUUUAUCUUUCUUUCUUUCUUUUUUGCUACUUUCUGUUUUUAUCUUUCUUUCUUUCUUUUUGCUACUCUGUUUUAUCUUUUUUCUUUCUUUCUUUUUUCUUUUCUUUCUUUUUGCUACUCUGUUUUUUAUCUUUCUUUUCUUUUUCUUUUUGCUACUCUGUUUUUUUAUCUUUUUUCUUUCUUUCUUUCUGUUUUUUCUUUUUUUGCUACUCUGUUUUUAUCUUUCUUUUUUUUUUUCUUUUUGCUACUCUGUUUUUAUCUUUCUUUCUUUCUUUUUGCUACUCUGUUUUUUAUCUUUCUUUUUCUUUUUUUCUUUCUUUUUUGCUACUCUUUUUUUAUCUUUCUUUCUUUCUUUUUUUGCUACUCUGUUUUUAUCUUUCUUUCUUUCUUUCUUUUUUUUCUUUUUUUCUUUCUUUCUUUUUAUCUGUUUUUUCUUUCUUUCUUUCUUUCUUUUUGCUUCUCUGUUUUUUAUCUUUUUUUCUUUCUUUUUUUUUGCUACUCUGUUUUAUCUUUCUUUCUUUCUUUCUUUUUUUCUUUUUUCUUACUUUGUUUUUAUUUUUCUUUCUUUUUCUUUCUUUCUUUUUUGCUACUCUGUUUUUAUCUUUCUUUCUUUUUUUGCUACUCUGUUUUUAUCUUUCUUUCUUUCUUCUUUUUUCUUUCUUUGUUUUUUUUUGCUUUCUCUGUUUUAUCUUUCUUUCUUUCUUUCUUUCUUUUUUUGCUACUUUUUUUUUAUCUUUCUUUCUUUCUUUUUGCUACUCUGUUUUUAUCUUUCUUUCUUUCUUUCUUUUUGCUACUCUGUGUAUCAUACACAACACUUUCUUUCUUUUUUUUGCUACGCUGUUUUUAUCUUUCUUUCUUUCUUUCUUUCUUUUUUGCUACUCUGUUUUUAUCUUUCUUUUUUUUUCUUUCUUUCUUUUUUUUACUUUGUUUUCUUUCUUUUUUUUCUUUUUUUUGCUACUUUCUGUUUUAUCUUUCUUUCUUUCUUUCUUUCUUUUUUUUUGCUACUCAGUUUUAUUUUUUUCUUUCUUUUUCUUUCUUUCUUUUCUUUUUUUGCUACUCUGUUUUUUAUCUUUCUUUCUUUUCUUUCUUUUUUUUUUUUACUCUGUUUUUAUCUUUCUUUCUUUUUCUUUUUACUACUCUGUUUUAUCUUUCUUUCUUUCUUUUUGCUACUUUGUUUUUUAUUUUUCUUUUUUUUUUUCUUUUCUUUUAUUUUUGCUACUCUGUUUUUAUCUUUCUUUCUUUCUUUCUUUCUUUUUGCUACUCUGUUUUUUAUCUUUCUUUCUUUCUUUUUUUUGCUACUCUGUUUUUUAUCUUUCUUUCUUUCUUUCUUUCUUUUUGCUACUCUGUUUUUAUCUUUUUUCUUUUUUUUGCUACUUUGUUUUUAUCUUUCUUUCUUUUCUUUCUUUCUUUUUGCUACUCUUUUCUUUCUUUCUUUCUUUUUUCUCUUUUUUAUCUUACUCUUUUUUCUUUCUUUUUUAUCUUUUUUCUUUUUUCUUUCUUUUUUUGCUACUCUGUUUUAUCUUUCUUUCUUUCUUUCUUUUCUUUUUUUUUUAUCUUUCUUUUCUUUCUUUGUUUUUGCUACUCUGUUUUUUCUUUCUUUCUUUCUUUCUUUCUUUUUUGCUA